CGAAACCAAUUCAAAGUUUCACAUCUCUGCCAUGUACAAAUCCGUGGCAGAUUGAGCGUCUGACUGUUCACAGAAGAGUGGAACACCAUUCGAGCCUCUUUGGGCACAGCUUUCAUUCAGAAAGCUGAAAGGGAUGUGCAAAAGAUCCUUGUCUGGAAAGAAUCUACCGCAAAACGCGGAAGGAAACUUGGAUGAAUCUUCUUUCCCCAGGAAACCAACAACCACAGCCAAAAAAUGGCAAGAGAAAUAAUCCUCGGGUUUUCCAACGUGGUCUCAAGGCUCAUGGGAACCAGGUCAGUCCCCAUGGCUCACGCCUCCAGUGGAUCAUCGGUCAGGUCAAGAAAUGGGAAAUCAACUGAAAAGGCCCCCCUUCUACCCCAAGGAACCACCAGAACCAAGUACAUAAAUCGCAAUUGCAAACGAGCUCCUCGCGAUCCAGCUUCCUCUGACUUGAACGAUGUGGUCCGAUUUGGUGGAAAAGACUACUUGGGUCGAAUCAAAGAGCCCCAGGGUUGGCUCGCUGUAGCAGCCUUGUGUUUGUGCUUGGUGUUGUGUUUGGGGCUCCUGUACUACUGCUUUUUCUAUUUCCACGAGUUUCAUUUCCAUCUGAGUCAUGCUUACGCUAAAUUGGGACAUUCGCAUGCUCAACAUGUUGUGGCACAAAGGCUACUCCAUGGCAAAGGGGUGGAAAAAGAUGAGGAAUUGGCCAUGAAGUGGUUCCGAAAAGCAUCUGACAAUGGCCAUCCACAUGCGGCUUACAACCUGGCCAUUGGUCAUCUACAAGGCAUCAAGACUGAUGUGUUUCCGGGAGAAGUUCAUGAUUUGAUAAGGCACGCCCACGAUAACGGUGUGAAUGAGGCGUCUGAUGUUUUGCACAAUGCUUGCCGAAAUGGACAAUGCGACGAUUAAGCAACGUAAAGCUACACAGAACUAAUUAUAUUGAUUCGCUUAUGAAUGAAUGAUGCAAAUACAUUUCAGAAAAUGAAAGUUUGAAGACACGGA